UCAGGUUCCAUAUUUACGAAGUCCGUUAAUAAAUCUUUGGUAAUUCCUCUCUCAGCCUGAAGGUGGAGCAGCCUAAGGAUGUGGUGACAGGAAACCCCGUGGUCAUCAAGAUGCUGGUGAACUUUUAUCGUCAUGCCGGCGGCGAUGGCGCUUUGCGACACAUCCUGGCUCCAGCGCUGCAGGACGUCCUCCAGGAUUCCAGUGUUAGCAUCAAAACCGAUCCUGUGGAGGUUUACAAGACCUGGAUCAACCAGAGCGAGAGCCGGACCGGACUAAAGAGCUGUCUGCCCUACGACGUCUCAGCCGAGGAGGCUCUGUCUCACCCAGAGGUUCAGAGACGCGUGGACAUCGCCAUCAUCAACCUGAAGAAUAUGACAGAGAGAGUUUUCAAAGCCAUCAUCUCCAACCUCAGCAAACUGCC